AUGGCACAUUCAAUUGCACGAAAGUUUGGUAUACUAGUAAAUCCAGAAAAUUAUUCUAAUUGUUUAACUGGUGCAGAUAUCGGAGCUAUUUCAGGUAAAUAUUUAAAGUCAGUUAUUGGCUCAGUAACUGUGUUUGCAAGAACAGCACCAAAAAAUAAAAUAGCUAUAAUACAAGCCUUUCAAUCAAAUAGUUCAAUUGUAGCAAUAACAGAGGAUGAUGUAAAUGAUGCACUAGCAUUGAAAAUUACUGAUAUUGGCAUAUCUAUGGGUAAAAGUAGAUCUGAUGUCUCCCAAGAUGCAGCUGAUAUUAUUUUAGUCAAUUAUGAGUUCGUGACUAUAUUGCAUGCUGUAAAAGAAGAUAUUAAAAAUUCAUUAGAACUUGAUGAUAUUUAUGAACUUAUAGUUAUAACAUUAUUAGUAUUUUGGAUUGAUGAAUUUCGUAAGCAUUAUCAUAAUCAAAAACAAGAUGAUGAUUGGAUAUGA